GGCUUCAGUGUCAAAGCAGUGCAGGAGUCAUUUCAUUGGCACUUGAAUCGGCAAAGAAGUCAAGAUGGCCAAAGUUCCGAACCUGUUCGAAGACCUGAAGAGUUGUUACAGUGAAAAUGAAGAAUAUGCUUCUGCCCUUGACCAUCUCUCUCUGGAUCAGAAAUCCUUCUAUGACACAAGCUAUGGCCCACUUGACAAGAGCUGCCUGGAUGAAUGUGAAUCUCUGAAUAUCAGUGAAACCUCAGAGGCAUCCAAUCUCACCUUCGAGGAGAAUUUAGUAGUGGUGUCAACGUCAGCCCAUGGGAAGGUUCUGAAGAAGAGACGGGUGAAUUUAAAUCAGAACACCACUAGUGAAGAUCUGGAAGCCGUCGACAGUGAUCUGGAGGAAGAAAUCAUCAAGCCACGGUCAGCACCUUACAGCCUCCAGAACGAGAUGAGAUUCAGAUAUCUGAAGAUUCUCAAAAAGGAAUUCGUCCUAACUGAUUCCAUUCAUCAAAACAUAAUUCGAGACUCGACAGGUCAACACCUCCGAGCUCGUGCAAUAACAGAUCUGAGCCAUGAAGUGAAAUUUGACAUGGGUGGUUACAUAUCAGCAACAGAUCAGAGUACAAACCCUGUGACUCUAAGAAUCUCAAAAACCCGUCUGUUUGUGUGUGCUCAGGAGGAAGACCAGCCAGUGUUGCUGAAGGAGAUGCCUGAGACACCAAGAGUCAUCACAGGUAAUGACCUCAACCUGAUCUUCUUCUGGGAAACUGAAAGAAGCCGUAAUUUCUUCAGGUCAGCUGUCAAUUCAGAGUUGUACCUUGCCACAAAGGUGAACAGUGAGGUGUUCAUGGCCAAGGCACCAACCUAUAUGAAAGAUUUUCUGAUAUCCUAAAACCAGCCUCAGCUCUGGAGUCUGUUAGUCUGUAUGUACCACGUACAUGAAGAAGUCGAUCUCUACUCUUACUCAUUUGCUGAGCAUGUGCUGAGCCUUUGUAAUUCUAAAUGAAUGUUUACCAUCUUCGUAAGAGAAGGGAAUAUCUAAUAGAACCAACAUGAACGUAUAAUGCUCUUUGUUAUUUAAAGGACACCCUAUACUUUGCACAGUACCAAUCAUUUUAAUUACCAUUUUUCAUAACAUUCAUAGAAGGACCAGGGCUACUGACAGCAGUUCCCAAAAAGACUCUACUCAUACUACAGGCAGGUUAACCAAGGCAUAAGAAAACUAAAAAAUAUACAAAUAGCAGUUGGAAUGACAAACCACAGGCCUAGGAUUCCAUUCCAACUUUGUGCCUUCUGCUUCUAAAUUACUGAUAGACUCUUAGACAAAUAGGGAUAGUUUCUAGGAUCUUAGUUUUACCAUUUUCAAAAAGGGGAGAAUGAUACCUACGUCCUUCCUGCCUCCUUUUUUUGGUUUUGUUUUGUUUUGUUUUAUUUUUUUGGUACUGAGAAUCAAACUCAUGACCUUGGGCUUUCCAGGCAGGUGCUGUGCUGCUGAGCUAUAUCCCCAAACCAUCUGUUUUUUUUAAUGUCAAAUAGUAAGGCCAUUUUAGUCAAACAACUCUUGAAGCUGAGCCUCAAGAAGAAGACAGACCAUGGAAUGUUAUUUUUAAGUUAUUUAUACAAGUAUUUAUAAAUAUAUUUAAAAUAAUUAUAUUAUUAUUAUUAUAUUUAUGGCGGCUCCUUGCAUCCUCUAAGAGUGACCAGACAUGCUCAACAAUGGUAGAGUUUCUAGGCUGAGUAAGUCAGAUGAAGCACUCCAGAGCACUAGGUCCAAGUAGUGCCUUCUCUGUAGCCCUGAAGCUCUGUACUCUAGUACUUGGGAGCCCUAUAAUAUGACAAUAAAUUUAUAUUAAUUACUUUCUUUGAGAUGAUAACUGAAAUCUAUAUUAAUUACUUUGUUUGAGAUGAUAACUGAUAAUAACAAGAAUGUUUCAUUCUUGCCUUGUCAUUCUUGAGUUAUUCAACUUCAUGCAUAAUUAAAUUCAACUAACUAAAAUGGGAGGAUUUUAACUUGGCAACCAUGGGACCACUGUUAUCUGAAAUUUCUUUUCUGAAAUGUAAUCAUCUCAAUCAAAAUUGAAUAAAGCAACAAAUUUGAUUGGA